AUGGCUUUCCUCGAGCUUAGAGGUCAGUCUCUGAUCUUCAUGAUCCUCGUAACUUCAGGCAUGGACUUCCUCCUGUUUGGUUACGAUCAAGGUCUCUUUGGAGGCAUCCUUGGAGGCGUCUACUUCCAAGACAUGCUCGGUCAUCCUACAGCGACGAUGGCUGGGCUUGUCACGGCAAUUUACGAUAUCGGUUGCGCCAUUGGAGCCGUAGUGGCCUUUCUCUUCGGCGAGCAGAUCGGUCGCAAGAAAUCUAUCCUCCUCGCCAACGUUAUCGUGGUUGUGGGUGCGGCCAUCCAGACCGCUUCUUACUCCUACUGGCAGAUGUUCGCCGCUCGCAUUGUUGCUGGAGUCGGUGUGGGUCUCAGCACAGUUGCCGUCCCUAUCUUACAGUCGGAAACAUUGCCAGCUCACAACCGUGGCGCCCUACUGGUGGUCCAGUCCGCACUAAUCAUCAUUGGUGUCGCCAUCGCUUCAUGGCUCUGUUUCGCAACGCUUCAUUCCAACAAUUCAUUCCAGUGGCGGUUUCCCGUGGCUUGUCAGAUCUUGUUUUCGCUGAUAACGAUUCUCACUUGUCUCUUUGUACCCGAGACUCCGAGGUGGCUUGUCAAGCAUGGCCAGAAGGACAAAGCGACUCAUGUCGUCGCACGGCUACUGGACAAGCCCGACGAUGACCCUCUUGUGAUGCUACAAAUCAACGAGAUCGAAGAGAACAUCAAGGCCGAGUGGACCGAAGCGGAGCCGUCCUGGACCGAGGUUUUCAGCAACGGCACUCCUGCUCGGAAUCUUCAGCGAGUUCUCCUUGGUAUGGGACCAUACAUGAUGAAUCAAUGGUCUGGUAUCAAUGCUCUUUGCUACUAUCUUGCAUACAUCCUCCAAGAGUACCUUGACUACAGCCCGUCAAUGGCGUUGAUCUUGGCCUCAGUCGCCUUCACACAGUAUGCAGUCUUCUCUUGGCCACCAUUCUUCUACAUCGAUAAGAUUGGAAGACGAUGGACAGUCAUUGGUUCCUCAGCCGGCUGCGCAAUUAGCAUGUGCAUCAUCGCAGGUUGUCUGCUCAACCAGUCCUACACCACUGCAGCAACAGCUGUUGCCUUCAUGUUCUUGUUCAUGGACUUCUUUACUCUAGGCAUUCUGCCUGUCUCAUGGUCAUACUCGGCUGAGAUCCAACCUCUGCGUGUCCGCAACAAGUCCACGGCUGUUGGUGUCUUCUCUCACUGGCUAUCAAACUUUGUUGUUGUUAUGGUCACACCUAUUGGCCUGGCCAAUAUCGGUGGCAACUACUUCUGGAUCUGGGGUGCGGUCAAUGCUCUAUUCAUCCCAUUGACGUACUUCUUCGGCGUCGAGACAUCUGGACGCACUUUGGAGGAGAUCGAUUUGUUGUUCCACGAUCACCCGCGCGUCCUCAUGGGACUAAACCCCGAAGUCCGCCGCGUUGUCAAGUAUACAGAGGAGCACGAAGAGAAGCGUCUUCGCCAGUUCAGCAUUGCCACCGGCGCAGACAGACGGAAUUCCAUUCGGGCAUCCAUUGUCUCCAUGGAUCGCACUCCUGGUCUACUCUAG